UCUACAUGUGUCACAAUCGUGUUAAUUAACAAUUUUGAAGAACCAAAUUUUAUAUAAUAAAAUAUAUUAUUUUAAUUUUAGAUUGUAAGAAAUUUAAAGUAAAGAUGAAUUUUGAAAAUUUAAAAAUAAUUAAACGGGUUAUCCAAACCCUUAACGAACCUGAAUCAAAAUUUAUAAAUACCUAAUGAGACUGAUUUUUUUUAUUCCUGAAAACCCAAAACGCUAAUAGCCCCUUCGACAAGCUUGUACUCUUUCGCCAUAAAACCUAGAAAGCUUCCUUCCUUUAGUUCAAUCCAGCAUCCGCCAUGGAUCUUGAGGCUGAGAUCCGUGCAUUACAGCUUGAUUCGGCAGACCUGAAAGAUAAUGUGCAAGAAUCAGCGCCAGUACCUGUUGAGAAACAAGCUACUGAGGAUCAUGAUCAGGAAAUACUCCUUCCAGUGCAUAACCCAGCUAAAGCUAAAGAGAAGGCGGCCCAAGAGAAGGCUGCGAAAGAGGAAGCGGAAGAAGAGGCAGAAGCAAACAAAAAGCGACACUUGAAUGCGGUCUUCAUUGGGCAUGUUGAUGCAGGAAAAUCUACAAUUGGAGGACAGAUUCUAUUUCUCAGCGGUCAGGUGGACGACCGACAAAUCCAGAAGUAUGAUGAGAAGGAAGCAAAAGACGAAAGUAGAGAAAGCUGGUAUAUGGCAUAUAUAAUGGAUACAAAUGAAGAAGAGAGGGCCAAGGGUAAAACAGUUGAAGUUGGAAGGGCUCAUUUUGAAACUGAGAGCACAAGGUUUACCCUUUUGGAUGCUCCGGGUCACAAGAGUUAUGUACCCAAUAUGAUUAGUGGAGCAUCUCAGGCGGACAUUGGCGUGCUGGUGAUUUCGGCUCGUAAAGGUGAAUUUGAAACAGGAUUUGAGAAGGGUGGGCAGACACGUGAACAUGUCCAACUCGCAAAAACACUGGGCGUGUCGAAGCUGGUUGUUGUGGUGAACAAAAUGGACGAUCCAACUGUGAACUGGUCGAAAGAGAGGUACGAUGAAAUAGAACAAAAAAUGGUACCAUUUCUUAAAUCCUCUAGCUACAACACCAAGAAAGAUGUUAUCUUCUUGCCUAUAUCCGGUCUAAUAAUGGGGGUUAAUAUGGAUAAGAGGAUGGAUCGAAACGUUUGUCCAUGGUACAGUGGCCCUAGCUUUUUCGAAGUACUUGAUUCUAUUGAAGUUCCACCACGAGAUAAUGGUCCAUUCAGGAUGCCUAUUAUAGAUAAAUUUAAAGACAUGGGAACUAUUGUUAUGGGAAAAGUAGAAUCUGGCAGCAUUAAGGAGGGUGAUUCCUUGAUUAUUAUGCCAAACAAGGAGCCCGUGAAAGUUGUUGCUAUAUAUUGCGACGAAGAUAAAGUUAAGCAUGCUGGACCUGGUGAGAAUUUGAGAGUCCGCAUAACUGGCAUCGAAGAUGAGGAUAUACUUUCAGGUUUUGUUAUAUCCAGCACGGUAAAACCUGUACCUGCUGUUACUGAGUUUGUUGCACAACUACAAAUCAUUGGGCUGCCUGAAAAGGCUGUUCUCACAGCUGGUUACAAGGCUAUUCUGCACAUUCAUGCGGUUGUUGAGGAAUAUGAGAUCAUGGAAUUGAUAGGCCAAAUCGAUAUGGAGACGAGGGAGCCCAUGAAAAAUAAAGGAGUUCGGUUUGUGAAGAACGGUGCUGGUGUGGUCUGCCGUAUACAGGUUACCAAUUCAAUCUGUGUUGAAAAAUUCUCAGAUUUCCCUCAGCUAGGAAGAUUCACUCUACGAACUGAAGGGAAAACAGUAGCUGUUGGGAAGGUGACUGCGCUCUCAGGUGCUUCCUCAAGCGCUUGAUUCAAAUUUUGUGAGGAAAACACGGUGACCGACUAGUUUCGUGAUUUUUAGUUAUUUGGAACGACCAAGUUGAAUUCCCUAAACCAAAAUCGUAGUUCCAAUCGGGGUUUUGAGAUUUACUGCUGCAGAUGUGUAACCUUAGACUGUUUUUUUUUUAGAAAUUUAAAAGCUAGAAAGAGUAUUAUGAUGAACAUGAGUGUGACUUUUUUCUUUCUGUUAAGCUAAAUUUACAAUUACUACUACUACUAUUACCCUCUUAGCUGAGUCUGUUUUUCAGCUUUUUGGAGUUCAAAAUUUUAAGCAGCCAAGGAAACACUAAUUGUUCCUUUAUGCUUGCUUACACAAGUGCAUGUUAUGCAACCUGAGUGAUGCAGUUUUGGGGUUUGCACUGGUUAACUGACAACUAAUGCAUCCAUAGUCAAAUUAAACCGGAUAAGGAUUACCAACUUAUACCAAACCAAUGGUAAGAAUAAAGCAGUGCUCGGCGUUAUGGUUAUACUUAUACCAAACCAGUGGUACGAUAUCGAGAUAACGGUCGAGAGAAAUAAUCUAUAGCUGAAAGCUUUUCUUAGCCAAAUAAAACUGGUGGAUCACAAUAGAGACCAGCUCUAGUUUUUCUUUCCUUUUUCCGGUUUGGUCUGUCUGUAAAAUCGAUGUGUAAAAGAAGAAGAAUGAUAAAGCAGGAAGUUUGUUAGUUACGAUUUACGAUGAUGGUCUCACCAGCUUCAUGGGUUUUGUCCCCAUCUUCUUCUUCUGUCGUCUUUAGUCGUCGCCAGAGGUUACCUUUGGUGAGAUCAGCCGUCGACGGUAGGAACGAGAUUGUUCCACCGGCACAGAGUCAAAUCCCUAACAAAG